GUCAUCAUGUCACAGACAGAACAUGUUCGUGUCAGAUCCCUGUGUCUGGAAUAUAUGAUGCUUUAUAAGGAAGACUUUCAGCCAUUUCUGGAGAUACCAUUAGACCAUCAUGUGUUUAAUCUCCAGGAUGUUAGGGAAUGGGGAGGCCACACAGAAAUACUGGCUAUGUCACGCCUUUUCAAGGUAGAUUUCCUUAUUUACCAAGGGAUUGGAAGAGCCCCCUGCAAAGCUACAGAUUAUGAUCACCCUAGAACUCUUAUGCUCAGUUUUACGAAUGGGAACCACUAUGACAUUGUGUACAAAAAAGAUCAUGCUUCAUCUCGAGGAUUUUGCCAGUCUGUCGUGUAUGACAUACUCUACUCAAGAGUUUUUAAACUAAAGGAUGUAAGGCUAGCAGUUGACACAAUGCUGCAUGACAAAGAAUAUGCAACCCUUCGAAGAGAUUCAGCUAAUUCUGCAGAACUGAAAGAGAUAGGUGCCCUUGUGGAAAAAAUACUAGGAACUAGUGUAUCACGAGAUAAUAGUCAAGAUGAGGGUGAUAAAAACACCAGUACAGAAGAGCGACUGAGUUUAGAAGACAUUCAUCCAGAUGAUGUAAAAGGUCUACUUGCCCAUGGCAUCCCACCAUUCCCUUAUAAAGUUGCUAAAUCUCUAGAUCCUGAUAUUUAUCGAAAUAUUGAGUAUGAUGCCUGGAACACUGUUAGGAGAGAAGCACGUUAUGGUCCUUUUGAUAGCAAUGGAUUUCAAGCAGGUGUAAAGGUGCUGAUCAAAUUAGAAUUAUUACCAAACCGUCAAGAAGUGGAAGAUCUAAGGAAAGCCCACAUCGCCACCCGGCAAGGCAGUGGAGAAGGAAAUAUGGGAAAAGUAACUGAGGAGAGAGUGGAUGUUUAUCGUGGUCAUAUACAAGAGAUGUCUGAAAACAAGGGACCUGUAGAUGUUUACAUUGAAGAAAUUGGCAGCAGGUUAAAGGUACCAUAUGAGUCUUUAGAAAAGGUACCACCUUCUCCACCUCGAUCACCAUGGCAUGCACAGAUGCAACAGGGUGCAGGGAGCAAUGGAGCUGCAAGCACUGGGGGUGGGGUGAUAGCAAAUUACAAAAACUUAUCUGGUUAUUAUAAGAAAUCAACCCUUCCCCCAGAAUCUGAAUACAAAACUACCCAAAUAGAGGAGUGGGCCGUGGAAAUUCUAGUAACUACAGAAGUAACGAGAGCCCUGCCAGAGAAGCAUUUCCACCUUUUGCUGGUGCAGUGAAUGUCGGAAUGAGUGUUGAGGGAGUUUGGGCAGUACGACCGAAUACCAAUCAGUCUAACCACCUGCCCCCACCAACCCCAAGCAAUAUGCCAGGCUCAUCCAACAAUGUCCUUCCACCAGGACCUUACUGUCCAAGUGCCUCGCAUCCUGCACCAAUGCCUGCUGAUGAUGAUCCAUCCAGGAGUUCUGACAUCUCUCAGCUGCAGAUGAGGGCUGUGACAGAGGCUCUCCAGCAGGUUAUGAGUGCUGGGGGUCAGGAGGUGCGUGUGACAGGCCAACAGGUUGAACAAAACAUGUCUGAGCCGUUGUCUGAGCAGAAAGGAAAUGAAGCUGGAACUAUCAGUAGAGAAAUUGGGAAUACCGGUCCACCCGUCCAAGGUGCCAACCCACAUACUUCACCAGUUUUGGAUGAACCUAGUCUUCAGAUAGAAACUAUAAAUCAAACGCAAUAUAUGCAUCCUGCUAAUGGAGAAAUGCAGCCUGCAAUGUAUACACAGCUGGCUGGCUCACCCUCACACACAACGGUGCCAUGUACACGAUCAGCUAUCGUUUUCACUCCAGUACCAGAUAGUAGUGGUACCCCAGAAUUUACACCACCACCACCUGUUACAUCAAUGCCCAGCAGACCAGAUACCUGGGAUGGACAGGGGCAAGUUUCAGAUGCAGAAAGCAUGAAAGUAAACCAAGGAAUGGCACCAGUCAUGGUGUAUCAUAUGCCAGUAAUGUUUGGAGGAUAUGAUUAUUCAUAUAAUCCAUGGGCAUACCCAGUCCCAGUAAUGCCAUCACCACCAAUGGAAAUGGUGCCACCUCCACCAAUGGGAGCUCCACCUCACCAGAAUUAUCCACCACCAUAUGUUGUCUCGAGUGGCACUGUUGGAUCAGGUGGGCUGGCCUCACCUCCCCUAGUCACUUAUAUGGAAUCUGACCGCAGUCAGGGAAUGCUUCCCCUUCCUCCCCAGGAUGGUCCCCCAAUACCCCCACAGGAGCCUGUGCCUAUGGCUGCCCCUCCACCAUAUCCUACACCUCCAGGCUAUGUUAUGAGUGGGCCUUGGAUGUGGAAGAUGAUGUGAGAAAUGCCCCAAGACAACCAGUACUGUCAUCUGCUCGAUAAAGGAGUUACAUUGAUGUGUUAUAGCUUGAGAAACGUAAAUAUUCUAAAUUUAUAACGAUGAUUAAAACAUUCCAGUUCAUAGCAUAUUUAAAAAUUUAUUGUAAAACAUGACAAAGGUGUUUUUACAACCACCAUAUAUGCAUGUUACUUUAUAUUAAAAAAAAAAAAAAAUGAAUGCAGGCAGUUGACUGAAAGGAAAUGUAUACUAUACUAGGAAAUGGAUUCAAUGUGAGAAUAUUGCUGUUUACAAUAAUUAUUAAUCAAUAUUUGAGGUUUUGUCCAGUUUUUUACAAAUUGUAUCAACUCCUGUAAACCAGUCAAUGGCUCCUGAUGUAUAAUUAUUUGUCUAAUGGUUGUACUUUAAUUUUACUGUUUUUGCAGGUAAAUAUUCUUACCUGAAAGAGAAAUACUUAGUUCCUUCUUUUCCCAUAAAGCUGUGCUUUAUUAUUUUUAUCAGGAAAUUGUUUUUUGUGUUAUUUUGUAAAGCAUUUUAUAUUACUUUCUUUUAAUAUGUAUUCAGUUACCAUUAGUACCUGUUCACUUUAAUUUUACCAUGUAAAAUUGUAUGGUAUGUAAAAACAAUUAUGAAAGUGCCUUAAUGGUACCCGUCCUACCAGUUUUCAUUCCACUAAUGUUAUUUAAUGUUGUAUCUAGAUUCAUUAACACAGAGCAGAAGACUUUGUUCAGUUGUCUAGUCGCAUAACACAAGAAGCCUUUUGGUUUAUUUUUGUAAACAUUUUGUAAUUAUUGUCAUGUUCCAUUAAGAAUAUGAGUAAAUCUUUAAACAAAU